GACCAUUGGGCCGGGGGCCGUAGCCUGCAGUGCUGGCUCUGCUGUAGAGCGGUGCAGACUCCACCCUCCUGGGAGAUGACCAGGACGGGGCUCUGAGGAGCAAGAGGACCCUCCAGAGGGGGUUGGGGGAAGCCGGAAGUCUUGGAGCGGCGAUCUUUCUGCCUGCCCCUUGGUCGUUCUCCCUUCCCGGGGUCCUACGGGCUCUCUCUCUCUCUUUUUUUUUUCCGGGGACCUCCGAUCGCUUUGUCUUCGGGAAGCCGCAAGAAUGCGUGCAGCUCCCAGAGGAAGCCUGGAGCCAGAGGGAAUGGGCCCUGGGAGCCUCAGACCUCCUCAGGAGAGGGUGACAUUCAGGGAUGUGGCUGUGGACUUUACCCAGGAGGAGUGGGGCCUCUUGGACCCUCCUCAGAAGGAGAUGUACAAGGGGGUGAUGCUGGAGAAUGCCUGGAACCUGCUGUCACUGGGGCUUCCAGUUCUCAGAGAAGAUGUGAUCUGUUAUUUUGAUCAAAGGGAAGUACCCUGGAAACUGCAUCCAGAAGGCUUGAGGAGCUGUCCUCCAGGUGAGUGAGGAGAAAGCAGGGAUAUGAGCGUUGUGUUUACAAGAGACUUCUAGGAGCCACCAUGAAGUAAAAGCUUGGUUUGGGGGAGGAAGAACAGCCUUGGAAUAUUUUCAGAUAUGUUUUGGCAGUGGAUUCCUGGACUGUCACUGAAUCUCAGUUUCCCAUCAUAAAAUGAGUGGCUUACGCUCCAUGGCCUUGUGGGUCCCAACUCCCAGUGAUCAUCUGUGGCCCUAUAAGAGUCAUUGUUUGGAAUCUUGGGCAGUGGAAUUCUCCCGAAGGAGCCAAAGGGGCUCAGAAUGUCCGAGUGAGCCAUUUCUUAGGACUUCCAGUCAGCAAACAUUGUGGACCUGCUCCAUUCAGGACUGUGGGCCAAGCACCAGGAACAGAAAGAGAUGCAAGGGACAUCUGUUCUCAUGGAGGUCACAGCCUAGUGGGGCAGACAGUCUACCAGCAACUCUGUAGAAACCCACUGUGGACCAGAAAAAUUGUUUAAAUUUAUUGCCUUAGGAGGUUGCUAAUUAAUGAGGAUAAUAGUGGUUUAAGGAGAGCACAAUUGGGGAGAAAAUAAUCAAAAUGAAAUAAAACAGUGAGCAUUUGUAGGACACCUACUGUGUGCCAUGCACUAGAUAAAUAUGGUCUCAUUUUAUCCUCAUGAGAACCCUAGGACUUAGGUACUAGUAUUAGCCUCAUUUUAGAGAUAAACUGAGGAAAACAGAGGUCCUGUAACUGGACUAGCAAGCUUCUGAGAUGUGAAUAAAACUCGGUUCUUACUGAUUCUAGGCCCUAUGCACAGUUUUUCCACUGUCCCCCCAGCUCUAUUCUGAUUCUGAAACUGAUAUGAUGAAAAUGGUCACAUAUGUGGAAAAUAGAAGAAUCAGACAAGGUAUCAUGGAGAGAUGGAGUUUCACUUUAUAAAACUCUAACCAGUCAAAAUUAUAAGUACAUUAACAAUGUACACAAAUGCAUUCAAAGGUCACUUGCAAAUAUUGCUUUUUUUUGUAACAAUGUUUAAUAAUGCAAAGCAACCUUUAAAAGGAUAGAAUUUCAUCAGAUAUUUUUCUGUUUUUUCUACCAUGGCUGAAGUGGCUACAUUAUGACUGACCAACCCAUGUUGCCAACCAAUGCCUUUGAGAAACUGCCAGACAGAAGAAGAGUAACAUAAAAAGAGGAUAUGCUCAAAUUAGAAAAUGAACUUAGCAUUUCAGUGAGUAGUAUGUCAAGGUCCAUUUUGUAGAAAGGUUGUAGACUUCCAUGAUGAUUUCAUGAUGGCUUCAACUGUGCAUUGCUAGGGACCAUGGUUUUCAGGUAGCCUGCCCUCACUGAUGCAAGAAUGGAAAGCCAGAUAACAUCUAGAUCUGGUGGCUACUGGUUUGAUGGAUGUGAUAACUUGGUAACCCAGGAUUGAGAGAACUAUUCUGAUGCAAUAACAGACAGAUACUGAGGGUCCUUUCAUGCCCGUGGCCAUUUGUACUUGAAUAUCCAAUCUUUCUGGAAUUUUGAAAGCAAUUUAAUGUCAAGUUGAGAAACCGAAAGAAUGUGUUGCACUUAGAAGCCCUCAGAGUUUGGUGUAAUCACUGCAUGAUCUCAUAAAGCUGUGUAUUUCUGAUCAUGGUAGUUUGAAAUCACUGCAGAAAGAUAGUUGUUAAGAUAGAUAGAUGCACAUACAUGUCCCAGAGGACAAUUUACCACUUACGGUGGCACUGUUAAAUGUUUCGGGUAAAUCUCUUGGGGAUUUUUUUUUUAAUUGUGUUUGUUAAAAGAAUAAGUAAGGGAAUAUGAUCA